CUCAAGUAUAAAAUCCUCCUAAUUCUCAUGUUCGCCAUCAUUAAUUCCCAUGCUACAAAUUAUUCCACGACCAAAUCAAACACAAAAAAUGAAGACCAGCAAGGUCUCAACCAAGGCGAUCUCCAUGGCGAUCAUGGCUAUGGCAAUGUCGAUGAAUUUGGCAUCGGCUCAGGUGACAUCGGCGUGCACGAGCUCAUUGAUCAGCAGUUUCACUCCGUGCUUGAAUUUCCUCACUGGGAGCACUAACGGAGGUGGAUCUCCGACCGCUGGCUGCUGCCAAGCUCUCGGCUCGCUUAUCAGCAGCAGCACAGAUUGCGCUUGUUUAAUGCUCACGGGAAGCGUCCCUUUAACCCUCCCAAUUAACAGGACCUUAGCUAUCAACCUUCCUCGGAUUUGCGGCUCUACGUCUGUUCCUCUGCAGUGCAAAGCAACUGCGACUCCUGUUCCAGGUCCCGGACCUAUUGCUUAUGCGCCCGGUCUUCCUCCUCUUCCUCCAACAUCUGGAGGAGGAUUAGACUCUGUGCCACCGGCGGCACCUCCAGCAGAGACCGAGCUGCCUACAUCUCCAUCGGCGGACGGUCCAGCAGGAGUCAACCAAGGGCAACGCCCGUUUGUGCUGCCUAAUUCGGCCGUGAAGCUCUCCCCAGCUUUAUUUCUGGUGCUUGUGCUCGGUGCUCUGUUUGCCAAGAUAUAGGAGACUCUAUAUACGUUUUGUACGUGAUUUUGUGUGGACGGUGUUAAAGACCUUUUGAUGUUUUUUUUUGGUCAUUGAGUUGAUUCAUGGAUUUGUAUUAAUAUUGUUUUUAUAGGGUGAAAACAAUCUAAUUAGAACCAAUUUUAACCCAAAAGCUACAGCUUCCAUGUAUUAGUCCAAACCCCUAUUUUAAAUCUACCCCCUUUUUUUUAAUCCUAUUCAAUGUGGAACUCUUAU